GCUUUAUUCUAAGUCAUUAUAACGCCACGUGAAGCAACAAUUGCUCAUUUACGAUCAUAGCAUGCUAAAACAUUUCCUUCUAAAAUCCGUUAAGAUUGUUCAUCUCUGAAAUUGUGACUUCAUUUUUUGGGGUGAAUCAGGCUUGAAUUCAAAAAAAAUCUCAGCAAAAUCAUGGAGGGAAUAUUUGAAUCCAGCAAUUCCGAAUCCCGACACGACUCCCUGGAAACACUCCGUGGAGCCCUGACUCAGGCUCUACAUGACAUCAGCUCUUUGAAAACACAGCUCAGCCAGAGAGACUCCAGAGAGGCCGAGCUGAAGGGGGAACUGCAGGAAAAGGAGCGCCUGCUCAACAUUGAGCUUUCAAAGAGUUUGAAUCCACAUCAUGUCUGUCUUGAUUUUCCUAACGUGCUGGCUCAAAUGAAGAGUGAGGAGAACAGCCACGCUCUGGAGUCCAGUCAUGACAAAGACGAUCUUAGGGAAACCAGUGGAAGCCAGAUGUAUGAGCUGAAAGACAUGCUACAGAAGAAAGAAUGCCUCCUGAUCAAGGCAGUUCAGAAGGGACUGGCCAGGAACGUGGCUUACAACAACGUUCUAGCAUUGUUGUCUGAGAAAGAGAUGGAGCUGGAUGAGUGGAAGAAUAAGUUUGAGGCUUUAAAGCUGAGUCAAGGUGAUGUGAAGGCCAUGGAGGAGCUUCUGAGUCUUUAUCAGGUGAAAGAAAGAGGUCAGUUGGACCUCCUUCAGCAGAGGAACCUGGAGAUAGGCCAUCUGAGGCGGGAGAACAAAAGCCUGAGGGAGAGACUGGAACACUCCAGAGAGAGUUGCCUCGAUCAAUUCUGGCAGAGAAAGGAGGGUAAAAGUGGGAACCUGGCAGAUAAGGAAUUGAAACUCUGCAUGUCUGGAGACCAACGUCAGGUGUCACCUUUGAAGAAUGCUCUGGCACUUCAUGAAGUCAACGCUCUGAGGGAGCAGCUCCAGUCCAUAAAGGCUGAGCUGAAAAACCAUUACAGAGAGAAGGAGCGCUUUUUCAACGAGGCCUUGGUCUACAGUCAACCCCAAAAUGCCGUCCACGUUGAUGAUCCAUUUGUGGAGGAUAAGAAGAAGUUGGAAGUGAAGAUCAAGGCACAAGGCUUUGAGAAAAAGAGCAAUGGGAAUGAACAAGGCGCAAGGCAGGAAACAGGCGACUCACGGGUGCCUGAGCCGAACGACCUUCCCCGAGAGAACAACUGUCGGGAUUCCAACAAGGUAUUCCAAAGAAGUUGGGCCAGGAACGUCGCCUACCACAAUAUUCUAGCGCUCCUGUCCGAGACAGAAACUGAGCUGAUGGACUGGAAGAUCAAGUUCACUCUUCAGGAGACUCAGGAUGAGAGCAAGGCUCCGGAAGCGCUUCUGAAUAAUCGCCAGGUGAAAAGACAAGGUCAUGUAGACCUCAUUCAGAACUUGGGCCACAAGGUAGAGCAGCUGAGGGAUCAGGGUGAAAGUCUGGAGAAAACUUUAACCAUAGGAGAGAUGCAGGAAGUGCAGUGUGUGGACCAUGCAAACCAGGCUAUUAAUUCCCCAGUGCUUGAAGGAGACCAACUUCAGCUGUCUCUGUUUCAGGUUACGAUGAAAAACGCAGCACAGGAGACGAAGAAGAAGAGAAGACACAACACCAGGAGGAGGAAGCAGAAGUACGACCAGGACCGCGCCAAGAAGACCAACCCUUGAGCUCACUUCUUUUAUUUUCUACUCACAAGUGAUUUAACAGUUCAUACAGUUGUUUAUCUUGCUGUGUUCACCUCAGGAUCAGUCUGGCGUAUCUGCCCCUGGAGAUGUAUUUAGUGAAACUGUCACUGAAAAAAUUACACAGGGUCAACUCAUAUUGUUUUAACCUUUAACCCAGAUUCUUCUUCUAUAAAACUCAAAAUGUA